ACACGAAAACCAAAUCGGCCGCUCUCUCCCCGUCCUCGUUCGUUGUUCGUCGACUCGCAAGUACGUAGUAGUCGCAGCGCGCGGUGAGAGUGAACGAACGUUGUCAGCGUCUCGGAGAUAGAGAGAGAGAGUUAUCGAGCUCUCCUAGAGGGAGAGACGAGGGGGAUGGUGGAAGAAACGGUGGAAAGACGGUCCUCGCGCACGUAGGCCCCCGCGCUUCCGUCACGGCCGCCAAGACAGUGGCACGUUCGACGUUCUUUGUUCUUCUUUCCCCGUGUACUCUCGUUCGCGGGAUUCCUCUCCGAUCCCGCCGUAUGGACCACGCUCCUCCUCUUCCUCUUCGUCGCGUCUACUCUUCCGCUAUCUCUUCUCGCGGCCGCGGAACAACGGAAAAUUAAUUCCUAUCGACACGAGUUCACAAAAAAAUUCGCAAUGUCCACCUCACUCGAGCAAUGUAUUUAUAUAUACAUAUAUAUAUAUAUAUAUAUAUAUAUGUAUAUAUAAAUACAUUGCUCGAGUGAGGUGGACAUUGCGAAUUUUUUUGUGAACUCGUGUCGAUAGGAAUUAAUUUUCCGUUGUUCCGCGGCCGCGAGAAGAGAUAGCGGAAGAGUAGACGCGACGAAGAGGAAGAGGAGGAGCGUGGUCCAUACGGCGGGAUCGGAGAGGAAUCCCGCGAACGAGAGUACACGGGGAAAGAAGAACAAAGAACGUCGAACGUGCCACUGUCUUGGCGGCCGUGACGGAAGCGCGGGGGCCUACGUGCGCGAGGACCGUCUUUCCACCGUUUCUUCCACCAUCCCCCUCGUCUCUCCCUCUAGGAGAGCUCGAUAACUCUCUCUCUCUAUCUCCGAGACGCUGACAACGUUCGUUCACUCUCACCGCGCGCUGCGACUACUACGUACUUGCGAGUCGACGAACAACGAACGAGGACGGGGAGAGAGCGGCCGAUUUGGUUUUCGUGUCUCGAGACGCUAAAAUGAGAUUGGAAGAGGAUCUGGUGAUCCGCAGGAGUCGACCCACGAUGAUAUCUGCCAAGUAUCGCGCCCGCGAGGAACGCCGUCGUCUGAUGAAGAUCUCCGCCGUCAAGCUGAAGAGGAUUGAGGAUCCCGAGGCGAGCCUGUGCCGAUCGGUGCUCAUAAAUAACGCGCUGCGUCGGUUGCAUCGGGAAAGCCGAGACGAUAAGACGCGGAGUUACGGCACCCUUCCGGUGAUGGCAUCAUACAUGGAUGACGUCAGCAAGGAGAACAGCGUCGCCGGCAACCUCAUCUCCGACGUGACGGAUGAGGAGGCAUCCUCCAGGAAGAGAUUAGCCGACGAUUCGAGGAACGAUGGGCUUAUUUCCAAGAGGCAGAGGCACGACGACCUAGAUCUGCAGGACGACGUGUUCAGCGACUUCUACAUUCUGCCGCCAACGCCGCGCUUGCUCUCGCACAUCGACGAGCUUCAACCGGAACCGGAAGGGUCGCAUCACAAUAGCCACCAUCACCUGGGUUUCCCGGAGGAUCGUCUGGGCGGUGAUGGCGUAAUCGAUGUACGAUCGGGCAGCGCAAGCAACAUCUCCGCGACGACCGCCAGCAGCAACACGAGUUGCCACUCGGUGCUCUUCCCCGAAGAUCUCGACGACGCAAACGCUCACCUCUCGAGAUCAUGUUCUGACAUGAUGGAAGUGGCCGACGUAGUCGAUCCCGAUCGGCUCUGCGACUUUGCCAGGUUCGCCGACUCAGCGAAAACGCUGGAGGAACGGUUGGCCGAGCUGCAAUCAUUGGACGAGCACUUUGACCUCACCAAGUUUGAGCGCAACAACAACCAGAGUUGCGGCCGCGCUUUUCACGAUAUACAGACCUUUCAUAAUCUAGUGCCUGGCCUGGAGACCUAGACGGCGGCGUCGUGCCUCGAGCGACCCGCGAUGAUGUCGCAAAACGGCGAAGACAGGAUAGCGAUUUUUAAGGAUGCGGACUCACUUGACGAGCUCUGACAGAUAAGCCGGGAUCCACUGAUUGUCCUGUGGCUUAUCCUCGCAAGUGAAAUAUGUGAGCACGUGUCGAGAGGAGUAAUAUCGUCGAGACGCGUGAUCUCAUCGAGUUGCAUAGUACCGACAGUGGUGGUACUGCAUCCCAUGAGAGACGGAAAUCCAUAAAGAAUAAAGAAGAAGGACAAGUGUCGACAGAGUGGCCACACACAAAUGCGACAUCGGAGACCAUCCGUCUGUCUUCGAUGCCGAGGACAAAACUCGCAAAAGUGCGAUAGCUCUGUAAAAGUGCUCUAAAGGAUUUUUUACCGUGGGCAAAUGGAUGAGCAAAAUUAAGCGCGCGCUAUCCACAUUUAUUAACACUAGAAUCGCGAAACGGAACAAAAAUAUCUAGAAAACGGCUUCAAAAAGAAAUAUUCUUGUUCAAGGAAAAAAAAAUGUUUCAAUGUUCUAAAAAGAUUUACACAAAAUUCAUUAAUACUUGGUUCUCACAUUGGCUAUAUAAAAAAACGGCUGGGAUUUAAAUUUCAAAAUGAGAUAAAACUAACAUAUUCGCGAUUCUGAUGUUAACAAAUAGAUGAGUUAAAAAAAUAGAUCCGCGAUCGAUGCAUAUUAAUAACUUAAAUUAUAUCUUGAAUUUUAAGAUUUGAAAAAAUGUAAAUUACAAGUUUUAUAUACGGAAGAGGAUGCCAAGUAACAUAUAAUAAACCGUCAUAAUAUAUGCACGGUAUCUCGGUCGAAUCAUCGCCUACGAGAGUCUGACUCAUGCUGGUAAUAAUCUACUUACGGCACUGACUCAAUGUUCAACGCGCGUCUACGAGAUAUCUAAUAACACCGUAAACGCACACCGCUCUUUAAUCGGCCUUUCUAAGUAGCAAUAACAUUAGUACAAACCUUUUUCUUUAGACCUAAUAAAAUCAUAGAACAUUCAUUUUCAAUUCUUGAUAUUUUAUGUAGCAUAUAUAUAUCGUAUAAAAGCAAGACCAACAAUUACAGAUUUACCGCGAGAGACAAUACGGACGAAUAUGCCAAUAGUUGAUGCUCAAACUAUUCCAUUAUUGAUAUAGUUUGUCUAAUAUGUUAAUCCAAUAGUACGCCGAAAAUUUCUCUUUGCAGUACUCUUUACACUGAUGUAAUAGUUGGCUUCGCUUUUUGGAUGCCGCGCUUGAUCUCUAUUUAUACAUCGGCAAUAUCAAUCCUAUUUUAAAGAUGAUAGAUGAUGAAUUUCAGCCGAUUAUCCGUAUAUGCAAUUGUUUCUUCUUUUUCCUUUCUAUAGUAAGUGCAUCCUUUUUUGUAACAAUCAUUUCUUUGCUAUAGAACUGUAUUCUUUCGACGAUAUUUCUCUUUUAUCUUUAUAAAUUGUACAAAUUGACCUUUUUUUACGGAUUAUUUUAUAAAUUUAAUUGGAGAGGAAUUAUAUGUAGAGUUGUAUAUAGUUUUUAAAUUUUCUGAAUCCGUCGACAUGCCGUGCUAAUAGUGAUCCUCAUAUGCUGAUUCACGUAUACUCGCCGGCACAGUCCUCCUAGCGCAUUGUUCGUCCAAUCUUGCCCGCGGCUCGAAUCGCACCUUGCGAGCGCCGAAGCGUCGUAGGAGACACGUGCCUACUUACAGUGAUCCGCUGACGCGACGUCGGUCUUUGGCACACGUCACGCGCGUAUGCGCUUGUUUGUACAUAUAAAGAUAGAUUUUUAAGAGAGCACGUUAUUAAGUAUAUAGGAUGAAUUAUGUUGCGAGAUAGCACGUCCCCGGAACUACGAACGAAUGCGCGUGGAAACCGCGGCUUUUGCGCCAGCAAAGUCUGAAAGUGUUUCAAACGUCGGGCUCUCUGAUAAAGUUUGUCUGCCGCUUCGAACGUUGCUGAAGCGCGAACACGUGAUAACGCGCGCUUAUCUUUAUCGCGAAGACGCGCGAAAUUCUGAUGUGCGUCUUCCCGGCGUUUCGAAUUAAAGAGCGUUUAAAGAGCGCUUUCCACGCAAUGAUUGUAGUCUAUUACUAGGAAAAGCGGAGAAGAUCGCGCAAAGAUUAUAAAAUUGUAAUUUUCGCGAUAAUGCGAAGCGCGAUCUCUUCUCCGUCUCGCGUUUGAGAACAUUGUACUCUACAGGGAAUCCUUUCCCAUUAGCCGAUAUAAAAAACCCGCUUCUUCGCGAUGCAGUUUUCUCUGUAGAAAAAUUCAAAAUUUUGUAUUCUUAUCGAUAUAUAUAUAUAUAUAUAUAUUGUCGGUUCUCAGAGACGCAAACAACUGUUUUCAGGUUUUACGGCUAAUGCGGGGUACGGUUCACUCCAGAGAAUGUUCUCCGAACGCUAUUUUGUAAGCGCAACAGAAAGACACGCUACUGCGUAACGCCACGACGAGCCUUAGCUGUUGUACGUUAUCGUAUCAUUUUUAUUAAUAAUAUCUUUCUUUACGCUCGAGAGGAAUAGAAACAGCGAGCAAUAGCUGUAUUUUCUCACUGGUGAUUUCCUCUUUCUACGAUAUUAUCCUGUAUAUUAUCGAAAAGAAUGACACGGGAAAUCACGACAUGAAUCUUGCAAUAUUUCAUUAUAAAAUCAAUGACAAAGCUCAUCAUGGAAGAAAAUAUUCGACUUUUCGCGAAUGAGAAACUUGCGUUCCUCCGAGUGUUUUAGCGAAUUAUUAAGUAACGGGCGCGUUAUAAAUUAUUUUUCGAUCGUCGCACGAUCGGUUGUGAUCAAUCGCGAGGUCUUCUUCUUCCUUUCUCUGGAACGAUAUAGGGAGGAGAGUCUUCGCGAUCAACGCAGAAAUCCGAAUCGAGAAGCGCGAUUUUAUAUUAGAUGAAAAUUUCGUUUUUUAUCGCGCAAAUAUAUUUUGUUAUUUUAUUAUCUACAUUCUAAACUUGGAUUUGAAUCGUUAAUUUUAUUUGAUUCUUAACAUUUGAUUUUAAUCGAAAGAAAUUUUUCCGUUUUUCCUUUCUUUCUGUUUUAAUCAAAAUUAAACUUUUUCUCGCCUUUGAUUUAGUUAUAUGUUAAGAAAGUGUUAAUAUUAUUUGCAAAUAUCGUGUUUGAAGAUAGUUGGAUCAUGUCGAAUAUUUUUCACGAAUUUUUCACGGAUUCUACGUAGUGCAAUAUUUUCAUUCCUCUAAUAUUUGCUAAUGUUUCUUUUUCGCAAUUUUUAUAUGAUUUAGACACUGCUGCGUUUGUUAAAUUACUUGAUUUAAAACGCGUUUGUUAAAUUAUUCGAUUUAAAUUGCUCGUCAAACACGAAUAAUAUUCUCAUGUUAUAUAUAUUUUUGCGUUUCAAUGUCACGAAAUUACAAAUGCUCAAAACUAUAAACGCGAUACUGUUAAAUAUAUCCCUCACAAAAUCGCAAUGAUUAUAUUAUUAUUUAAAAUUACGCACGAUGUGGAAAACAUUAUGUGUCAAUUUAUUAUAGUUAUCGGUACCAAUGCUCGUUAUCGACGUACGUAGCAGCCACGUUUCGUUGAUUCGUGGUCGGCAAUCACAUUCAUGCAAUCCUACUUUUUUUCUAACUUAUUUUAUUUCUCAUGAAAAGUGCUAAAAGGAAUUGGAUAAUGAUUUGUCACCCAUAUCGCAUCGACCUACAAAUACGUAUGUUAUUCAGCUCUCAAAGAAGCUUCUUUUAUAAAUAAACAUUUAUCUUCGUCGCAAAACAAAACGUGUCGAAAAAAAAUUGAAUCUAAAUUUUCUUCUCGAGAGUAAAAUCUCCUAUCCUUUGGAGAUAUUAUAUUAUAUAUUAUAUUGUAUAUUAGGUCAAUUAAGAAAGACUUGUUCGCGAUUUAAAAGCAUAUUUUUGCGAUAUCCAUCGCAACACGUUAUUUUCGACAAUCUGAUAUUUUUUAUUAAUAACCCAAUAAUCCGAGAAUUGAAAACAAAAACAAAAAAAAAAUAUAUGGGUAAAGACAAAUUCCGUGGCAAUACGUUUGGGACGCGUUAAAUGCGCAGAUAGAUCCAAACUUCCUUCGAAACGCCUGGGCCAGAGAUUUCUGAGAACCGUGUGCAAUGUGUAUACGGAACUCGCGCGUGUGUUGCUCUCCCGACACCUGACGAUACACAUCGCGUAAAACGGCUCAAUGCGUUUACAUGUAAAUAGUCGCCUUAGCACUACUAAGAUAAUUAGCUAUGUAUAAAAUUUCAUACGUUGUUUAGGUUUUUUUUAGUACUAGUUAUAUCCGAAAUCAGUUACCAAUUAUAUGAACAAAUUGCAAAUAAACUGCAAAAACAAUAACCGCUGUCUUCAAUUUCCCCAGUCAAUUUCCACAGUCUCAAUAAUCAAGAAAAAGACGCGUACAGAGAAACCAAAAAAAAAAAAAAAUGACAAGAUUAUUAUAUAUAUUAUACAUUAUUUAUUUGUCAUAUAAUAUCAUAUACAUUAUGCAGAUCGUAAUGGCAGUGGUAAUGAAAAUGGAAGGCUGCACACACUUUAAUGGUUUUUUUGUUCUUUUUAUUGAUUUUUUUUUUUUUUUAUUGAGACUUGCGAAAAAUAUAUACAAAGGAUAGAGAACUAAUAAUAUAACUAUUACGCUUAAAAACUAAAUAAACAAAGGAUUAUCAUGCUAGCAUUAACGUGUGUUAAUAUUAAUUUAAAUAACAUAAUAGUUGUAACAUCGUGUAUGUGUUGUGUCUGUGUAUAUGAGCUUGGACGCGCCAGAGACCAGAGAGAGAAAAGGCUCCGAACGUACAGACGGGAUUCCCCCCGUUUAUCCUGUUUCUCGGCACUCGAUGUCUCUUCAUCCUCCCUCGAAGAUCAUUUUCACGCUCGCUCGCAAUGGUACGUAUAGAUCACACGAAUUUCUUGCCGCUUCUCUCGAUCACGUUGCUAAAAGGAUUUUCUUUCAAAAAAGGGAAAAUCGUCCGACCUGCCACGAUUAUUGCUUCGAACAUCUCCGAUCGUCAUUCGAGAUCGUUAUUUUUAUCUAAUGUGGGGCCGAGGAACGAUAAUAACUCUCAGUCAGGGACCGGUACCGGGUGUCGCCGGGUGUGACAAAGAGCCAUUGUUUCGAAUCGUAUGCGCUACGACUGACUACUACUUGAACUCACAAUUCGUUCCUUACGCGAGGCGCUCUCGUAAUGAUAUUAAUAUAAUAAUUCUAAGCGUUAUAUUAUCGCAUAGAAUUGAAUUAAGAGGACGUACGUAAAAUUAAUCGCGGAUGUGAUACGCAAGGGCGCAAGAGAGUAUCUCUCUCUCUCGCGAUGUAAAUCUUAUUUAAAAUAAUAAUCUUAAUCUUAAUUAAAAGCACAAGUCGCGAGACAAGAGUCUCGAUCGCGCGCUGAUAAAUCUCUACCCUAACGACGAUGGAUCUUAAUUAACGGAUUAUAUCUUACAGCGAUCGACCCCGGUGAAUCGAUCCCUGAUUCGCGCUUUGGUCACGGUCGGCCUAAAUAAUUAUAAGUCGCCGUGUAUACAGGAUGCUCGCGCCUCCUCCUCGCUUUGGAGGAUGACAUCCCCAUGAUUGUUUAAAGAACAUAAUUAACGCUUUAGCCGAAAAGAGCGAAACGAGGCACGUCGUGAUCACGCAAAAACACACUCGAAUCCCGCGUUACAUGUUACAGGUUGUGCGUUUCGUCAUCUACACGAUGAUGUACAAGAUACACUGUGUGACAUUACUUUAGUCCAGACGCAAUUUUCUAGACUAAGUUACUUCUGAAUAAACAAUAUACAAAAAACAAAAAAAAAACCAAA